AUCAGUUGAGAGCCAUCAUCAUGUUUUUCGCGAACGAGUUGGCCUUUUCAGUUUUCGGAAUUUGCAAUUACAGUAGUAAGAAUUCUGCCGUCCGAUUGUUCUGAAAAUUUAAACUGAGUAGACUUAACAUCUGCCAAGAUUCAAGCGGAACGAAGGAGAAAGCCAGUGACUGUCUUUGUUGGAUAGAAUCUAUCAAGAGAGAGUGCUCGUGGAGCAAGUAUGGCAGAACGCAAACAGGGAACGAGUGGCAACGUGAGUCGAUUUAGCCCCGCUGUGCACAACCCCGCGUUCCCCAUGAAUUCUCCCCCGCCUCCACCGCCACCGCUCCCAGAAGCAACUUCUCAUACAGCACAUAUUGCCUCCCCUGCCGUGCAGCCCCGAUUCACAGCUGCCCCCGUUGACAGCAAAGCGUCGAACCCUCCGCAUCAGGCCAAAGCAGUCCCCCUGACAAUUGUGGGUAAGCGCAGGAUGGGGGGUCGGGUUCUGAAGACAGGCAUCAUCGCCCCGGGACACAACCAGCACUCGCACGGCUCCAGCGGCAGCAGUGGCGCUGCGCAUGACGAGCACAGUCAGAAUAAGCGCGCCCGGACGGAGGGCGGCGGAUCGCGGGCUCCCAGCUCCAAGGAUGCCUACCUGGAAGAGAUGAAGAAGUACUCGGAGCAGUUGUGUGUUGAGGAGCGCCAUGCCCGGCCGCUGGUCAAAUAACCAGGAAAGGGGAUGGUCCCGGAGUAAUUUGGCGUUCCUUUCUCGACAGGCGCUAGUUAAGCGCUAGUGUCCUUCGGUUGUUCUCAUCACUGCACUUUACUCUCCUUGGCCGUAUUUGUCAAUUUAUGUAACAUCAAGUAACCAGCCAUUUUGUGUUUAUCGUGAUUACUUCUUAUUUGAAAUUGUGUUGAUGUUUAGUGCUGUUUCUGGUUUCUUUGACUUACGUAACUUUUCAGCCCCGACUACAUACAGACAAUUUUUUUAACUGGCUGCGUUUAAUUUCUUUGCUAUCUAUCGCAAAAGUACAUUGCUGAGUACUCGUAUAGUGUUGACAGUACUUGUACUUUGUGGCAUUUUUCACAGUACGUCAGUAGUAAGUUUUGUAGAUGUUGGGAACACGGUUUUCCUUUUAUUGUAUAAUUUGUAUUGAUAAACUGAUAAACUUUAUUCUUUGCUGUUG